CUCUUCGGGGCGCACAUCGAUCGCUUCGUGGUCUUUGGCCUCGAUGCGUAUCACUACUUCUGAGGAGGGUGUGUCCGUGCCUAGCCAGCCAGCAUGACUCUGGCGCAGCCGACGAUACCACAGUGUAUCGUUGGACUCGGAAAUCCUUGCCGCUCUGUCGUUCACCACGGUGACGACGCAUAGCCUGUGAUCUGGGAUAAACACGCGUCGACCAUACCCAUUUGGCUCACGGGUCGGUCUUCGGAUCGCACCUGUGUCAAACGACCCUCGGGUCAUCGAAUGAAAGUCGACUCUCGAGUCGCAAACAAAGAGUCGUUCGUCGGUUGUUUGUUCACCAUCGGACGCGAUGCGUGCAACAAUGAUCGGCGACGACAGUGUGACCUCGAGCGAUGAUAUGACAAAUGUGUGAAUAUGCCGUCAAGGCGAAGAUAAUGAUGAUGACGAUAAUGACAAGGAUGAUAAAGAGAAGAGCAAGCAAUGGAAGGUAGCGAAGACAAUGCAACGAAUGCAAUGACCAAAUAAUGACGCAUCCCGGCGACUUCGAUAAAAUGAUAAUGAUGAUGACAAAGAGAAGAGCAAGAAAUGGAAGGUAGCGAAGACAAAGAAACGAAAAGACAAGAAAAAAUAAUGAUGUCCGCCAGUGGCUUCGAUAAAAUGUCGUUGCCAUCGAGAUCGAAAUCGAUGCUUGACUUCGAUAAAAUCCACGGCGCGUUUCGUUUAAUCGCUCUUGAUGACUUUACUAACUUCAACAGGCUCUUUCAUGGCAAGUCAAAGAAAGAGGCGUCGGAGCGGCUAUCGAAACACAAGCAUUUCGUCGCUCCGACGCCACCCCAUCGGGAUGUCUUCGUGCUGUGGGCGGUGGUGGAGUCAGGUCGAGGGCCCCGGCCUGACUUCGGGGGGAGUUAUGGCUGAGUUGCUUGGGGCAACUGCAGCUCAGUCUUCCUGCGACCUUCUAAGACCGGAAAGGCAGGGCGGACGUAUGUUAUCUACGACGCACCAAAGGCCAGGUUGUACCCCCCGCCCUCCCUUUGAUGGGCAGCAGUAUUGAAUGGCGUCCCACCUUCUUGGCCGUAGUUGUCUGUGAAAAUAUAUUUGCACAGCUGCGUUUGAGAAGUACUUGCUCUUUCCUGUGUGAAUUGAGCUCUUUCGUGAUAUGACCGCCACCCACUUGAACGCAUUUGCCUGAAAAGGGAUGCUCACAGCGUAUAUGGUAAACGGAUAACUCGAUUUGCUCGUGGGAAGUUAUUUCGUUGGUCUCGACUAGUUAUGUUGAACUCGCGGCUCUUCUUCAUCCACAUCAACGACUUUCGAGCUAUUGCAACAUGCAUCCUUGUUUGCUCCUGGAAGAUGUGUUACAUGAAAUUGUGCCCUAUCUCGACUGGAUGUAUCAUGAAGCUUGCUUUUUGGACCGCCCACUGAUACCACAUGCUCGCUGCCCAGUUAUAGCUUUUGCUUUGACUUGUCGCACAUUCUACGGACCAGCAAUGAGAGUCUUGUGGGAAGCAUUGGAGGGCCUAGCACCGCUUCUCCGAUUAUUCCCUCCCGGAAUAUGCCACCAAAGCGCGGGUACUAGUGGAUGGGUAUUUCUGUCUCUGCCCAACAAUGCUGGCUGGGGCCGCUUCCUGUUCUACGCUACCUUUGUUCGCAAGAUCACUAUUGACUACAUAGAGACACCCGAGUCAGAACUACGUAUUCUCAGCCUUUGCCGCCGUACAGAACAUGUCUUCCCAAUCCUUCAAGCUCUCCAUUGGCGCGGUAGCGAACACGCUUUUCCUCUCAGCGCACUAGUCUUCUUCGGUCCGCGGCUAAGGGAAGUGUGGGUAUAUAACUUCCCCCAAGAGGUCAUUGGUGGUGCUGCCGUAUUAGAUGCUAUCACCCAUGCUUGUCUGCAACUUGAGGAGCUGCACAUGGAGGACGCACAGGAUUCCACCCUUAUUAGCACCGCGCUCUCUACCGCUAUCUGUAGCAUGACAAGUCUUGUCGAGAUCCAUGCCAGAGAAUGCAUUCUCGACCCACGUGCCUUACUCCAUCUCGCUCAUCUCCCCGACUUAAGAACAUUAUGGUGUUCUGUGCUGUCUGACACCGAUAUAGGCACUCAUUUGAACACCAAGAUUCGCAUGAAAUCCCUCAAGACUAUGAAGAUAUGGACAAAAAGCCACAUACCGAUGCGCUGGUCUCAUUCUUCCAAAACUCGGUGUCCGAACAAUUCGAAAGUUUCGACCUCAGGAUGGAAAAUACCCCCACCGCAUCAUCUGUACAUCGCUUGUUCAAGGGACUUACAGAGCACCCCACAUUAGAAGAUAUCGAGAUAAAUGUGACAGGUGGAGAGCGACUGAACAUUUUGAAGCAAUGUCUUAUACGUGAUAGUGAUCUCAGGCCACUUUUCAAGCUUGCGAAAUUGUGUCACUUAUCAUUGUCAUUUCUUCCCUUCGAUAUCCAAGACGGCACAGUUGAGGACAUCGCAACGAGCUGGCCUCACAUCCGUGUCCUCAAUCUUGGGACGGCCUCGGUUCAACGGCUUUCCCGGGUAUCAAUCCGGUCUUUAUAUCCCUUGACUGGCUGCCGCGAGCUGGAUUUCCUUGGUCUGGUUGUUGAUGCGAGAAGGUCAAUGCAGACGACAUUAUUGAAGCCGGACAACAUGAGGAAGGGACGGUUACCCGGUUUUACGUGGGCAACUCCCCAAUUAAUGAUCCGAACAUGGUCGCAGCCCUACUGUCACGAUUAUUUCCCCUAGCUAGCUUGUUUUAUUCAUCAAGGAGGAAUAACAAAUGGGCUGAUGUGGAACUCUGGAGUAAAGCAUUGCGAGACGCUACUUAGGGUUACGUUCGCAGAAUCACCUUGGAAAUUACCAUAUUCCAGUCUUCUACAACUAGUGUUCCUACUGAGACCUG